CAGGAACGAGAGUUCUUUCCUCUCCUUCACUUUUUGUCUAGGUUCCAUCUCAAAUCCCUUUCUACCCUAUCUCUCUCGCCCGCCGUCAGGUCCACCUGUGCCACUCUCUCCAUCUCAGUCCGCCAAUCCAAACUUUUCAGCGUUUUACUUCCGCGUUUCCGCGUCUCUCUCAGCUCAUACUUUUCUUGGAGUACCCACACGCGUCUUUGCUGUGUCCAACCGUCUAGGCUACAGACAUUCAGUACUUCGCGUUUCCUAAAGCUUCAGCUCUCCAAUCGUUUACCAUAUACUACCGCUCGCAAACCUUGGCCUUUCAUUCCAGCUAUGUCGGACUCGGAGGAUGAUAAGCCUUUGAUCAAGGCCAGAUCCAACGAGCGUGUCAAGAUGGAUGACACCGAUACCAGCAUGACUGACUUGAACCCUGGAGUCUCGGUUCGCAACGGCCCCAUCGACGACGACAUGGAUGUUGACGCGCCUACUACCAAUGGCAACGGCAUCAAGCGCAAGUCAUCAAUGAAUGGCAAGAGUUACAAGGACGCGACUGAAUCUGAGGACGAAGACGAUGUUCCAUUGACCAAGCGCAGAAGGACAUCCAAGAACAAGGCGUCUUCUGACUCGGAAGAUGACCAACCUCUUGCUAAGAAGACUGGACGCAAGCCUCCGAAGGUCACCGCACAACAAAUUGGCGAAGAAGACGACUCCGACAUUCCUCUCACCAAGAAGCUUGCCAAGGAGAAGGCCGUCAUCGAGAAGAAAGCAGAAACACAAGCCAAGGCAAUUCGCGCAAAGGCCAACAAGACUGCUGUGAAGGCCGAGGACACUGAUGAGAGCGACGUUCCACUCAAGAAGAAGGUUGCACCAAAGAAGAAGACCAACGGUGUCAAGAAGGAGGGAUCUUCUGACGACGACAAGCCAUUGAAGAAGGCUCCCGCCAAGCGUGCAGCAACAAAGUCGCAAAGCGCUACUCCUGCUGCUUCUGCAAAGAAGGGCAAGAAGGCCACAAAGGAGGAAAGUCCAGAGGAGAAGGAAGAGGACGACGAGGAGCAAUACCGUUGGUGGGAGGACACUGCCAAGGGUGACGGCACCAAGAAGUGGUCUACUCUGGAACACAACGGUGUUGUCUUUCCUCCCGAGUACGAGCCUCUUCCCAAGAACGUCAAGAUGCGCUACGACGGUGUACCAGUCACACUGCACCCUGAGGCUGAGGAAGUGGCCACUUUCUUCGGCGGCAUGCUCAACUCCACCCACAACGUUGAGAACCCGACGUUUAUCAAAAACUUCUUCGGCGACUUCAAGGAAUAUCUCGAUCGCACCGGGCAUGGUACCAACGCCAAGGGAGAAAAGGUUAAGAUCCUGAAGUUCGAAAAGUGCGACUUCAAGCCCAUCUUUGAGCACUUCGAAGCCGAGCGCGCAAAGAAGAAGGCUAUGACUACUGCGGAGAAGAAGGCAGCCAAGGCAGAGAAGGACGAAGCUGAAGCACCAUUCAUGUUCUGUCUCUGGGAUGGUCGCAAGCAGAAGGUUGGUAACUUCCGUGUCGAACCUCCUGGUCUUUUCCGUGGACGUGGCGAGCACCCCAAGACUGGCAAAGUCAAGACUCGCGUCAAGCCUGAGCAAGUCACCAUCAACAUCGGCGAGGAGGCUACCGUACCCGCACCUCCGGAAGGCCACAAAUGGAAGGAGGUUCGUCACGACAAUGAAGGUACAUGGCUCGCAAUGUGGCAGGAAAACGUCAAUGGCAACUACAAGUACGUCAUGCUGGCAGCAAACUCCGACGUCAAGGGUCAAUCGGAUUUCAAGAAGUUCGAGAAGGCCAGAGAGUUGAAGAAGCAUAUCGACAAGAUUCGCAAGGACUACCAGCGUGAGCUCAAGGAUGAGCUGAUGGCCAACCGUCAACGCGCAACUGCUGUCUACCUUAUCGAUCAAUUUGCACUCCGUGCUGGUAACGAGAAGGGUGAUGACGAAGCUGAUACCGUUGGUUGCUGUUCUCUGAAAUUUGAGAACGUCACUCUCAAACCCCCGAACAAGGUCGUUUUCGACUUUUUGGGUAAAGACUCAAUUCGCUUUUACGAUGAGGUCGAUGUCGACCCGCAGGUUUUCAAGAACCUCAAGAUCUUCAAGAAGGCGCCCAAGAAAGAUGGCGACGAGAUCUUCGACCGUCUCACUACCAGUGCAUUGAAUAAGCAUUUGAGCAACUACAUGCAAGGCCUGACUGCCAAGGUGUUCCGUACCUACAACGCCUCCUGGACCAUGGCAAGACUUCUUCAGGACAUGAAGGCAGUCGGAACUCACGCUGAGAAAGUCAAGGCAUACAACGACGCCAACCGCAAAGUAGCCAUUCUCUGUAAUCACAAGCGUACUGUUGCUGCUGGACACGCCGCACAAAUGGAGAAGGUGCAAGACAAGAUUGACGCUGUCAAGUACCAGCAAUACCGUGUCAAGCAGAUGAUGCUGGCCCUCGACUCCAAGCAGAAGAAGAAGAAGGGUGCUGAUUGGUUCGCUCUUCCCGAAGGUCUUGAUGAGGAGUGGAUGAAGAAGCAUCAUGAAGAUCUGGUUGAGCAGGAGCGUCAGAAGAUCACCAAGAAGUUCGAGAAGGACAACGAGAAGUUGAAAGCAGACGGCGAGAAGGAGAUGAAGCCCAAGGAGCUUGAUGAGCGCCUUGAGGUUGCUACAGAACUUGAGAAGAAGCUCAAGAACGAACUCAAGACGAAGAAGGUCGAGCCUGAAGGCAAGGGACCUUCCGUUGAGAAGUACGAAGGCCAAAUUGAGAAGCUUACAGCCAGAAUCAACAACAUGGAAUUGCAAGCCGAGGAUAGAGAGAGCAACAAGGAAGUCGCUCUCGGAACUUCCAAGAUCAACUACAUCGACCCUCGCCUCACUGUCGUCUUCUCGAAGAAGUUCGACGUCCCUAUCGAAAAGUUCUUCUCCAAGACCCUGCGCGAGAAGUUCGCCUGGGCCAUUGCCUCAGUCGAAGAGGACUGGGAAUUUUAAGCUCGCUCUUCGUGGUCCAACAACACAAUCCAAAUCUAUCGACAUAUUGAUACAUUCCAUCAUGUUCACAUUGUAUCUCCAGCAUAGGCUCGGCAGAUAUUGAAGGGGAAGCGAGAAGCGGAUUCUUCAAAUCUGCGCUCUGGCUGCCCAACGCCUCGAUCACAACAGAGCCACACCAACUCUGUGGAGCAGCAUGGACACAUUGAGCCUCUGGUCACUACUAUUAUGGCCUUCCAAGAUGGCAGUGGCCGUUUCCGAGCAAGAUCAUGCCACAGAAAGGUAUUUUGCCGUCUUGCGAUGCGACAAUGCUGCUAUGGCAACCGUGAUUCAUUCUUAUUCAGUCCUGACCUUGCUGCAAUUCAGUUUAGCACACAAGAAUAAAGCUGAGCUUGAUUACCCA